CCAUCAAUACCCGUCACUCCUCCCCCUCUCCUUCUUUCUCUCUGAUUUUCUCCAGAGACUUUCAGUUUUUGAACACCACAUUGUUCUUUCCUCCCGGCCCUCCGCUCAAGUAAAAAAAAACAAAAAAAACAGAAGCACAGCUUCUCUUUUUCUUUCCCUGUCCACAGAAGCCAUGUUUCCUCUCCAUGUCACCCUCUUGGUACUACUGGCCAACAUCGCUCGGUGCCAGUAUUACGACUAUGACUACCAGCCAUUUUCCAUGCUUGGGCCAUCAGGGCCAAACUGCAACAAAGAAUGUGAUUGCCCAAUCAGUUUCCCAAGUGCAAUGUAUUGCGAUAGCCGCAAGCUAAAGUUCGUCCCUGUAGUUCCCACUGGGAUCAAGUACCUGUACCUGCAGAACAACUUGAUUGAAGAGAUCAAGGCAGGAGUUUUUGAUAACGUCACCGACACCCUGCGCUGGCUGGUGCUCGACAACAACCAGAUCACCAACGCCAAGAUAGAGAAAGGCACGAUUGAUAAACUGACGGCCCUGGAGAAGCUAUUCUUCAGCUUCAACCAGAUCACAGAGGCGGUCAUUCCUCCCUCGAAGUCCCUCGAAGAGCUGAAGAUGACGAACAACAAGUUGUCCAAGUUCCCGUCCGGACUCUUGAACGACAAGGAGAAUUUGACCUCCGUCAGCCUCCAGCACAACGAGCUGACCACUGAAGGCAUCGCAGACGCGUUCAAAGGCCCCAAGAAGCUGCUGUCGUUGGACUUGAGCCACAACAAGCUGAAGAAGCUGCCGGCCGGAGUCCCGAGCUCGCUGGAAAUUCUCUACGCUGAUUUUAACGAGAUCGAUAAAAUCGGAGCAGGGUACCUGAAGAAGCUGCCCACCCUGCGGUACCUGAGGGUCUCCCACAACAAGCUCCAGGACUCUGGGAUUCCUGCCGGGGUGUUCAAUGUGACUUCGCUCUUGGAGCUGGAUCUGUCGUUCAACAAACUUCAGUCGAUCCCUGAGAUCAACGAGCAGCUGGAGCAGCUCUACCUUCAGGCCAAUGAGAUCAACAAGUUCGAUCUGGCGAGUUUCUGCAAGUUUACAGGACCGCUGAACUAUUCACGUCUCAGACAUCUGCGUCUGGACGCCAACAACGUCACGCACACCGACAUGCCCCCCGAGUCCGCAAACUGCCUGCGUCAAGCUUCGGACAUCAUGUUUGAAUGAGAACCUCCCCGCCGCCCCCCGUCCGGUCCAAGAGUCCACCAUCUGCUGCCAUGACAACGUCAACCCAAAGCCCUCGUGGAUCAAGAUCCCUCAUACGUCUGUGCACUCACUGCAAGCAUUUAGCAAAUAUGAAAUAUUGCUCUCAUCUCCAUUUGUCUGCUGUCAUAAUUUUACUUUUCUUUCAAAACACACAUUCGCAGAAGAAAAUGUGGGAUUUCAUUGGAAACACAGUAAAGCAGGAGACAAAUUAAACAUUCCAGCUUUGUAUAUAAAUAUGCCAA